UCCCUGCCGGGUGUGUGUGCGGCAUAUAAAUUGUGUAUCUGUAAUUUACUGUAAUUUUAAUUGUAAACAAUGUCUUUUAUAAACCAUUCAUACGUGAAAUAAUAAAAUCCGGGCAGUUUUUAUCCCAAUGUUCUAAUUUAAGGGUUCUUAUUUACUUUUUGUAUUGAUGUAAGGUUCUCGUGCUUUGUCUUCGUGUGUGACAAUAUACUCAAAAUGGCGCAUCAACUGGCACCGUCUGUAAAUUGUUCAUUGGACGACAUUGACCUCAGUGCGCUUAAGGACCCGGCUGGUAUAUUUGAACUUAUAGAAGUUGUGGGCAAUGGCACCUAUGGGCAAGUAUAUAAGGGUCGACACACAAAAACUGGACAGCUUGCUGCCAUCAAAGUUAUGGAUGUCACACAGGAUGAAGAGGAAGAGAUAAAACUUGAGAUCAAUGUCCUCAAAAAGUAUUCUAAUCACCGCAACAUUGCAACUUAUUAUGGUGCAUUUAUUAAAAAGAGUCCUCCUGGAAAGGAUGAUCAACUUUGGCUGGUUAUGGAGUAUUGUGGUGCUGGAUCUGUGACAGACUUAGUCAAAUCUACCAAGGGGCAGUCAUUGAAAGAAGAAUGGAUUUCAUAUAUUUGUAGAGAAAUCCUAAGAGGUCUCAGCUAUUUGCACUCCAAUAAGGUGAUACACCGUGAUAUAAAGGGACAGAAUGUACUACUCACUGACAAUGCUGAAGUCAAGCUUGUUGACUUUGGGGUAUCUGCACAACUCGAUAGGACGAUUGGCAGGAGAAAUACAUUCAUCGGUACUCCGUAUUGGAUGGCGCCGGAAGUGAUCGCAUGUGACGAGAACCCCGAGGCCACGUACGAUAAUCGCUCUGACCUCUGGUCUCUCGGUAUCACUGCACUUGAGAUGGCUGAGAGUCAACCACCUCUAUGCGAUCUUCAUCCUAUGAGAGCUCUUUUCCUCAUUCCACGAAACCCACCACCUCGCUUAAAGUCAAAGAAGUGGGCUAAAAAAUUUCAUAGUUUUAUUGAGACUGUACUAGUAAAAGACUAUCAUCAGCGUCCUUACACUGAGCAACUUCUCAAGCAUUCAUUCAUUAGAGAUCAACCGACAGAGAGACAGGUAAGGAUACAACUGAAAGACCACAUAGACAGAUGCAAGAAGAGAAAGCAGGACAAUUCCGUGCGGGAGGACUACAAGUACUCGGGCUCGGAGGGGGAGGAGGAGGACAACGCGGUGGCGGGCGAGCCCUCGUCCAUCGUGCACAACGCCGCCGCGCACCAGGGCGGCGACACGCUGCGCAGGAACUUCCAGCAGAUUCAGGAGGGACGAGCUGCUGCAGAAGCGCAGCAACCCCAACCGCCGCCUAAACGCAACAGCAAACGUGAAGAACGUGAAGAGAUACCAGAACCUGGCCCGCCAGCACGGCCAUCCAUUCCACAAAGACUGAUUGUUGUGCCAGACCCACAAGCACAACAGCCAAAUAGAUAUAGGCCCCUGCCGCCGACGCCGAAGUCGUCGGGCUCGUCCAACAGCUCGGGCUCCAACAACGGCACCCCGCCCGCGGGCGGCCCGCAGCCCCCGCAGCGCGGCUCGCAUCACAUUUUCAAGCCCAUGCUUCCACCUCGAAGGCCAGAGGAUUUGGAUAAGUUAGCAGCGCAGCUAAACGAGCUCGGUGUAGUUUCGGGCAGUGAACCACCAAAUCGACCUCCGCGGGCACCCACUAACGGCCAAGGGCCGGCCGUGGAGCGCGCGGCGCCCGAGCCGCCCUUCGAGGAGUCGGACAGCGACAGCGAGGCGGAGGACAGCGGCGGCCGCGUGCGCAACGACGGCACGCUGCUGGCCAGCGACCCGCCCAAGCCGCUUCCCGAGUUCUGCUACAGGCCGGGCCUGAGCGCGGUGUCGGAGGACGGCUGCGGCGGCUGCGCGCCCACGCGCCCGCUGCCGCCCACGCCCGACGACGACGACCCGCACGCCGACCGCACGCUCGUCAAGCGGAGGGAGAAUGAAAACGAUAAAAGGCAAUCGGACAUCGAUGAAGCCGUUCUGCUCAAGGAUUGGGACUUUGCCAGAUUUUUCCCUUCGAAAAAUACUGACGCCAAAGAAGAAAAGAAUGAUCCGACAAAGGAGUCCGAACUUAAACGCGCGCAACUCCAACGUCAGUCUCGUAUUGAAAUGGAGGAUGCGUGGGUUAAAUACAAAGCUAUUGCGACACCACCCUCCCGGCACAAACAAUUAUUCCAAAAACCGGUCGAUAAAACUACUCAGGAAAAGUUAUCUGACAUUCUUAAGUACAAGAAGGAGCAAGACGCAGAACUGAACACCCCAAACAGGUUCUUCAGAGGAUUCAGAAGAGAGAACUCUGACUUAUUCCCGCUGUCCAGCACACGACACUCCGCUAUUUAUUAUCCGAAACAUGAAGCUCAAAUUGGAGCCAGUAAACAACUAAGAUCUAGCGGAAUAUUCAACCACUCGCGUAAACAAUCCAACAAACCUCAGACAUCAGGGGAACCGAUUCUGACAGACUUUAUUAAAAUGAACGACAGUUUGAAGAGGGCCCAAAGAAACCACUCAAAGAUGUGCGAUAAUAAAUCCCCAGAGAAGAAAGUUAACGCAAACAACCCCAUAGACGCUCUAAAGAGUGUCGCGGUUCUCAUCAGACAGGAGAAUGAAAGACAUAGUACGAGUCGCCAGAGCAGCGUCAAUAGCGACUCGCCGGCCACCAGUAUCUGUUUCACGAGCAGCGCCUCGUUCGAGAAGGGCACGCUCGAUCUCACCGCCGACGCGCUGCAGAGCGGCGACUCCAACGCCAACAGCGUUGUUAAACCGCGUCGAGAAAAGACGGAGUCUGAUAUUAUAUUCAGAAGGAAUUCUCAAUUAAACCGGCACACAGACAUUAUAUCGAGUGGGCAGGAAGCGGUAAUCGCACAGGAUCAGGGUCGCUCGAGUGGCAACAACGAAGGCAAUGGGUCCCGUACCAGCUCCGUACUGCCCGACCUGCUGAGCCAGGCGGGCCAGCCCACGACUCCACCUCGCCUCGACAAAUCUACUAGCGAAGAGUAUAGGCAAGCCAUUGCAGGAGGCACACCUGCUCCUCACCAUCAUCACCACCCGCUCCCAUCCUCUGUCCAGUCUACACCUUCGAAAUCUUUCGUAUCGGGUGCCGCUUCUCCUCAUCCUCUUCAGCAUUCUCCCUCGAACUCGUCUGUGGGCUCCCAUCAACAGUUCCUCCCCUUGCAACAGAAGCAGCGUUCGUUCCUCACGUUCGGCUUCGGCGCGGGAUCGACGGGUAGUGGCGGUACGGGUGGAUCGGGCAACGCUUCCCGUCGCGAGAGCCACGUCAACGUCAACGUUACGCCUACUGGCCACGAUCUGUCAUCCGAUACGCCAGAAAUACGUAAAUACAAGAAGAGAUUCAAUUCAGAGAUUCUAUGCGCAGCGCUUUGGGGAGUCAAUCUGCUAAUUGGAACAGAAAAUGGUUUAAUGUUGCUCGAUCGUUCUGGUCAAGGAAAAGUAUAUCAAUUGAUCUCAAGACGCCGCUUCCAACAAAUGGAAGUGUUAGAAGGACAAAAUAUUCUUAUAACUGUAUCUGGAAAGAAGAAUCGCGUACGCGUGUAUUAUUUGAGCUGGUUGAAAUCAAAGAUUUUGCGCACUGAUGGCUUAAGUGAUCAAGUCGAAAGGAGAAAUGGUUGGAUAAACGUGGGAGAAUUACAGGGUGCAGUACACUUCCGCAUAGUCAAGUAUGAGCGGAUCAAGUUCCUCGUGAUUGCUCUUAAAGAUUCUAUCGAGAUUUACGCGUGGGCUCCUAAACCAUAUCACAAAUUUAUGGCCUUUAAAAGUUUUGGAGAAUUGCAACAUAGGCCUUUAUUAGUUGAUUUAACUAUUGAGGAAGGUACAAGACUGAAAGUAAUCUAUGGUUCAGCGGAUGGCUUCCAUGCUGUUGAUCUCGAUACCGCUAGUGUAUAUGACAUUUAUAUUCCGAAACAUACCCAAGGAGCGAUAAUUCCACAUUGUAUUGUUCCAUUGCCUAAUUCUAAUGGAGUGCAGCUACUGUUAUGUUAUGACAAUGAAGGUGUCUACGUCAACACUUAUGGUAGAGUUAGCAAAAAUAUAGUGUUGCAGUGGGGAGAAAUGCCUACAUCAGUAGCCUACAUUGGUACUGGCCAAAUAAUGGGUUGGGGCAAUAAAGCUAUCGAAAUUCGCUCUGUAGAGAGUGGACACCUUGACGGCGUGUUUAUGCACAAAAAAGCCCAACGGCUUAAAUUUUUAUGUGAGCGCAAUGACAAAGUUUUCUUCUCGUCCGCAAAGGGUGGUUCAUCUUGUCAAAUAUAUUUUAUGACGCUGAAUAAGCCCGGAAUGGCCAAUUGGUAGUGACAGGGCAUAGAGGGCAAAUAGACGCCCCAUAUCUGUGAUGCGACACUGCCCUUUAGACAUGCCAGUAUUUUAUUAAAAAAUCAAUCAUGUGCUUUGGCCAUUCAGAAUUCAAAGACUUGUGAUAGUAACAGAUUAUAAUGUGCUCAAAAGACAAUCCACAAAACAUUACAAUUUACAAUUUCGUAUUCGAGAAUCUUAUCUUUUAACAAUCGUGGCAUUUUGUACUGAAUACUGUAAUUUCAAUACAAGCUACUAAGAAUUAUAUAUUAUUAAGCAAUAACCUAUAGGAUUAACGUUUUGAUAUUGACAACUAUUCAUAAGUAAGUUAAUAUUGCUUAGGUUUUAUGUUGUAGAUGUUAAUUUCUGUAAGAAAAUGUAAUUCAAAUCGAACUAUCAAUUCAUAUUAUGCCAUAUUAUAUUGUUUAUAAUGUUAAGCUAGUUGGGUGAUGAUUAUAAUAAUUGGAUACAUAAUUAUGUUCAUUAACAAAAAUCAAUACCAUGGUCAUACAAAUGGAUAUGACUAUACUAAUAACAAACUUACAAACUAUUCAACUUUAGAUGCUGUAAUAUACUCUUCAUUCAAUAAGGUUCUCUUAAGUAAUCGGCACUUAGUCAAGUCACUGUGUAUGUAAUUAUCACACCAAACUGCAAUAAUUUUAUUAAUGGAUAAAUCCUAAAAAUUUGGUACUAUUUAUUAUUUAUUUGUUAUGUACUAUAUUAUUUACAUGUAUAAAGAUGUAACUGUGCAUAUUGAAAAUUA